UCUGGUGUCCAGUAAUCUUUUAACGAUAACAGCAGCUCAACAAUCAUUGCGAACAUACAUAUCGUGCACCAAAAACGUGCGUUAGUCGAGUUUAGAUUAGUGUGAUGAGUGGAUGAGCGCCUGCGCCGUCUGUAUAGUGCCUGGUGUGUGUUCGUAUGUGCGGCCUUCAUGCUUCGUGGGCGGAUGAGCGCCGCCGCACCAACUUUCACUUAAUUAUACUCACCAGUCAUGAAAUCGACCACAAAUAAAGUAAUCCAGCGGCUAAAUACGUUUAAACACCUAACGCGGAUGGAAAAUUAGGUCACGUUCAGUAAUUUUUAAGAUUUAUAUCGCGUUGAUCAGUUGAACUUGGAAUCGGCUUUUUCAUUGUCACUGUGUAUGUAUCGACAUCAGCCAUGGACACGGUCAUUGUGUAUCUCCCAUUAUCAUAGAUGUGUAUUAGUGGCUAUUGUGUUGUUGUUAUUUACGUGCUAAAUCAAAUGUGAUGUGAUGAAAACCAAGGAUAUGAAGCAAUAGUGUGUAGUAUUUACAUUAAACUCAAUGGUAGUAACUCAAUCUUAUCCCAUUUUACUUAUACGCAAUGUGUAUUGUGUACAUGUCGUGUUGUUAUUUUUGUAAGCUAGGAAGUAUAAUAAUUACAUGUAUUUAUAGGUGAGGUUCGGUCAUUGAACAUUUAUUUAUAUCAACUCAUGCAUGUGCGGUGUGGAACGCCCACUAUUUAAGCUGUCAUCAUGCGUGUCGAUUUUCGUCACCUGCUCUGCAUGGUUCAAUGCGUUAUUGACUUGAACAUAAUAGUGAUUCCUAUUAAUAAACUUUAAACCGAACAUGACAUUAAACGCAUGUAGAUUACCUAGCUAAACAUCUGAAUACCCUUUCCAUAGAGUCCAGUUGUUAGUUUAAGAGGUGGUAAUGGCGGGUUGUUCUGGAGGCCGGUGUCUGUGAGUGCGUGCUUGAUGCAGAGAGGAGCGAGGCGCUGCGCGGGCGUCCAUGGAGGAUCCUGACUCACCAUGAAGGUGGACGCUGACCCACGAGCUUCGACCCCGGCGGCCAGCGAACCCAACGCACCCACUAGUAAUACAGAAUCACCUGUCUCAUCUCUCGACGGUUGCCCGGUGCUGCAAGCGGCAGAGAUCCCGACGCCCGAGCGGGCGCUACUCGCCAAGCUGGAGGAGGCUAACCGACUGAUCGAGGCGGACGCCAAGUGCCCCUCGCUGCCGACCGUACAUAGCCGCAAGAACUCGGAUACUUCGCAGAUAUCGCUCGCCUCAGCGACCAGCUCCAGCCAUGAGACCGAAACCCGCACUACCAGUUCCGCCGGUGGCGAGGAGGACCUGUGGGUGCUCUGGGGCCGGCUGGUCAGCAACUGGGAGACAGAGUGGAAGCGCCGCAACCAGUUCAUACGAGACCUGGUGAGGCAGGGCGUGCCGCACCACUUCCGCGGCAUCGUUUGGCAGCUACUCGCUGGGGUCGACUGCUCGCCUGAGAAGAAGUUGUAUGCGUCGUAUAUUAAGGCAAAAUCAGCAUGCGAGAAGGUGAUCCGGCGCGACAUCGCUCGCACCUACCCCGAGCACGAGUUCUUCAAGGAGAAGGACGGUUUGGGCCAGGAGUCGCUGUUCAACGUCAUGAAGGCGUAUUCGCUUCACGACCGGGAGGUGGGCUACUGCCAGGGGUCAGGGUUCAUUGUCGGGCUGCUGCUUAUGCAGAUGCCCGAAGAAGAAGCGUUCGCCGUGCUUGUGAAGAUAAUGCAACAGCAUCGAAUGCGGGACAUGUUCAAGCCGAGCAUGGCAGAGCUGGGUCUCUGCAUGUUUCAACUGGAGAACCUGGUACAAGAACUGCUGCCUGACCUGCAUAUUCACUUCCAGUCUCAGGGCUUCAGCACCUCAAUAUACGCGAGCAGCUGGUUCCUCACCCUCUUCACCACGACCCUGACGCUGCCGCUGGCCUGCCGCAUCAUGGACGUGUUCCUCUCGGAGGGCAUCGAGAUUGUGUUCAAGGUCGCCCUGGCUCUGCUCACGCUGGGCAAGGAUGAUCUGCUGUCUUUGGACAUGGAGAGCAUUUUGAAGUACAUACAAAAGGAGCUGCCUCUGAAAGCCGAAGCGGACCCGGAUGCCUUCAUGAACCUCGCAUACUCCAUCAAAGUAAAUCCUAAGAAGAUGAAGAAAUUGGAGAAGGAAUACACUGUUAUUAAAACUAAGGAGCAAGGCGACAUUGCUGUUUUACGGUGCAUCCGGCAAGAGAACCGCCUUCUCAAACAGCGAGUGGAGUUACUUGAGAAGGAGUCUUCAGCUCUCGCCGAGCGUCUGGUCCGAGGUCAAGUGGACAGAGCUGAGGGGGAAGAGGACAAGUUUGCACUAGCACGUGAGGUGCAACAGCUGAGGAAGGCGCAUAUUGACGCGCAACAACGGCUGGCGUUGGCCCAAGAUGAGAUCCGGUCGCUGGAGAUGACUAUUGCUGAGAACAACUCGCGGCAGUCGUCGCUAGAGGGCGCUGACACCAGCGGUCCCAAGGGCGAGGAGCUGGCGCGAUGUCUUCAACGCGAGCUGGUUCGGGCUAGACUCCAUGCGGCUGAAAGGGAAGCGGCUGAACGGGAGCUCACGGCCAGGAUCACUGAGUUGGAGAACGAGAACAAGAGCCUUAGGAGGCAGCGGGUGGAUAACAAUGUGGCGCAUUUGCAGGAUGAGCUGAUAGCGGUGAAGCUUCGCGAGGCGGAGGCCAACCUGUCUCUGAAGGAUCUUCGCUCCCGCGUCACUGAACUGUCAGAGUCGUGGCAAAGACAUCUGCAGGUAAACAAACAGGAGCACAGGCAGGAAGCGGCCCCAUCACCCGUGCCUUCAAACGUGGUGUCAGACAUCAUGGCGACGCCCAAGAAGCUACUCCGGGCGUGGGAAAGCCGCUCCGGUGAUGUCCAGAAACUGGACGAAGAGCUCAUGUCAACUAGGAUACGGGAGGUGGAAGCGCUGACCGAACUGAAGGAGCUGAGACUGAAGGUUAUGGAGCUGGAGACUCAAGUGCAGGUGUCGACGAACCAGCUGCGCCGCCAGGACGAGGAGACGCGGCAGCUGCGCGAGGAGCACGACGCGGCGCUGCAGCGGGAGCGGGCGCUGCAGGCGCGCCAGCGGGAGUUCCAGCACAAGUACUGCGACCUGGAGAGCAAGACCAAAUUCGCGUCUAUGCAAGCGAACAUAAGAAGCAUGGAAGAUGCGCAGAGAAUAGCCGAACUGGAAACGGAAGUGUCGGAGUAUAAAUUAAAGCACGAGGUGAUGGCCACCGAGGGAGAGCUUCGUAACAACAUCUCCGACGAUUCGGAGAAAGUGCGCGAGCUGCAGGAACAAGCCGCCGAAAUGAAGGCCGAGAUCAUGAGGCUAGAGGCGUGGAAGUCCCGCGCGCUCGGCCACACCGCCAUGAGCCGAGCCAUCUCGAUCGAGGAUGACCUGUUGGAGGAAGAUGAGAAGCUCAAACUGACCUUCCGCCGGGAGUCGUCCGCAUCCCUCGACUUGCCGGCUGAUAAGCGCCCCCUCACGUAGCGAACGAUAAGUGGCUAAUAUCAUCCCCGAUCAGACAUUUUUAGGUACCCCCUUCUUGCACUCAAACGCCCUGCGCACCAACCCCCAAAUUCAUAGAGCUUUUUGACACUUUACAAUAGGUUUAAAAUUGACGUUGUGACAUACGAAUUCUAACUUUCUGUCUGACGUAAAGAGAAACUCGUGUGUUUCAAAGUCAAUUUUAAUUUUAACUUUGUUGUGAAUUUACAAUACGGUCUAUGAAUUUGAGUGCAAGUCUCUAUCGUCUGUUUUUUGUAAAUUGGGACUGGUCAACUCAUCUGUUUAAAUGUCGAGGCGUUACGAUUGAUGGAAAGGUAAAAGACAUUCGUAUUAUAAUAUUUAAAAAGUACACAUUUUCAUACUAGGUCGUUGUCACGUGUCGUGGAUAUGUCAAUAAAGUUGCCGAACUAUCUGAACACAGAUGUUAUUCUAUAGGCAUAGCCUGGUUCUACGAAAUCUGAAUUCAACAAUCUUAAAUAUAAAUUAAAAUGAAUGUUGCGUUAGUUUUAAAAAUCCUUAGGAGUUCGCUUCGCGAGGGAAUAAUUUAUAUCAACGACAUUAUGUUUUGUUUAUUUCGUAAAAAAUAUAGUAAAUACAUACAAAUACUGGGUAGAUUAAUUAUGUCCUAGACUUAAUUUAUACAAAUAGUUCACUCUUAGUAACAUGUAUUGUAUAUAGGACUUCGUUAUGAGCGAACUAUAACUUAUUAAUUUAUUAUAUUAUUAUUCUCUGGGAAAAUUGGAUUUAGAUUUCUGCAUCCAAAAACAAUUAUAAUAUUACUAUAUUUGUGCAGGAUAACAUCUUGAAAUCAUUAUCUUGCAAGUUAUUAAUCCUCAUCGAAAUAUAUUAGUAGUUGAUUAAAUGGGUACAGUACCUCCAUUAGAAAAUUCAAUAAUAGCUGAUUUAUGGCCGGUCUUAACAUUAUAUCUUUACCGAUAUGUAUACCAUAAGAAUCUAUAAUUUGCUUUUAUGCAUUUUUAAAACGGAUAGCUGACCCCUUUGUAGAGGACUCCUAUUUCCUGCUGACAUCUAAAUGACUACAGUUCUUUUAUUUGGAAAGCGUACGAAAUCUUUUUUCACUCAGAAUUAAUGAGCUUCUCAGCUCAAUAGUAGAUUAAUUUGUAGACAAUUCUUGAUAUCUUUGUAGCCUUCUUCAUAUUUAUACAACCUCCUACAAUAUUAGGCCAUAGAUUGGUAGUUUUCAUAGAAUAUUAGGCCUUAAUCUUAGUAACUAGGUAUACUUAGAUUUUUAUAGAAGAAUUGGGGCGGACAUCCUCUUAACAUAACAUAUUUAAAUGUAAGUUUUGUACGUUUAUUGUGCCUAUUUGGUCUAAAGAUAUGUAUCACCUUAGAAAAGCAAAAUUUCACACUUUUGAUAUAUUUUGUACCGUAUAUUUGCACCUACAUAUUUGCAUCUAUUGUGCUUAUCUUAGGUGAUGCUUGACUUUAGUGCAAUUUAGCAUAAUUAUGUAGAGUCGCUGUAGGAUUUGAUGUUAGCUAGAGUAGUACGAAGUUGCUCGAAAUGUUAUACAACGUUUUUUAAUGAUUUGUAGGAUAAAAGUUAGAAAACGUAGUUUAAAAUAUUCGUUGCUUUUUAUCGAUUUUAUGAUCACAUUCGAUUCUUGUCUUUGAACUGUCACAACAUUAGUAACAAUAAAAAAUUUGUGCUAUCUUUUGGAUUACUUCGCACAAAAAUAUCUGUUAUAUAAUUAUGUUUGGAUUCAGUUGGUCACCACAACUUUUUAUAACUCUCCUUCCUUGAUCUGACCAUCAACUUACUAAGUUUCUGUUCAGUGCAUCAAUUAUACGUUAUCUUCGUAUAAAUUCUUGACAGAUGAGUCAAAAGACUCAAAACUCAAGCAAUAAUCCCUGGUUAUGCUCAAACCCACUAUGGCGAAAUUGGCACUAAGUCUGCCAUUGUCAGAUCGGUGCAUAGACUUGUGAUAGAAAAGUGCUUUUUAAAUAAAAGUACGUCGAAUCACACUUUGAAAAAGAAAAUCUAUAAGCAUCGCUCGAGAAGUUUUUGGUAUUAUUGUACAGUGUCCGUGAUCGCGAUUGCGUUGGUACCACAUAGUGAUUAUACAUAAAGGAUCUUUAAGCUAAUGUCGUCAUUAAAUAUAUUUGUGCCUUGCUUUGACAUUAUACCGACAGAAAGAGACAAACAUAGAUUUUAUACCGACAUAAACUUAAUUUUCCUUUCUGCAACUGGACAUAAGACUUAAAUACAAAUAGUGCCAAUUUUGUCUAAAACGCCCCAAUCAAUAGUUUGCCAUAAACUACAUAUUCAUGGUCAGAAUUGUAUAUUGAUGGCACUUUAUGACAUUUAUUGACACCCCGCUUAUAAAUGUGGCUGGUCACGUAGUAUAAAUCUUACUUUAUGAACUUGGUACCUAGAUAUUGACAACUACAGUAAGGACCGAUUGGGAUUAACCAAGUGGGAUGAACCCAUUUCUGUAUCCGUUGUUAUCACUGUGCUACUUAAAAAAUAGUAUAAUAAAAUAACCUCUUUUAAUGAAUGCUUAGUGCAUUACAACAAGUGGAAUAUAAUUAUUAGGUCAAAUAAAACAAAAAAAAAUUUAUACUACCUAUACCUAUGCAUGCCAAAAAUAUGUGAUGAUCAAAUCGUUAUAAAAUAUUCUUACACCUUUUACAUUCCAUAUAGGUAUUACGUUCAGUUUUAAAAUCAGAAAUAUUUUCUCGAGAACCCUAACAAAUAAGUAUAAUAAAUAUACAUACUUAUCUUACCUAGUAUAACUACGUGUUCUGUCGAUUUACCUGAUUUUGUAAACUUAAUGGUGUUAGACCUGAAUUUUAUUAAUUUAAAUUUUAUUAAUUUAUAACGACUGCUUGAUAACGUUUUAUAUUUUGUUCCAAAUAGCUAUAGAAAUAAAAUAUCAUAUUCUGGCGUGAAAGACUCUAAAACAUUGACAUAUAUAUUACUGCGUAUUUUGAAAUCAUUGCUCUAAAACGGUAUCGUCCAAAAGUGACAAAUUCACAUUUUACUUGCCUAAUUUGAUCUUUAUAUUCCCUAUUUGGAACUCAAUUUUGUAGAAUAAUAUUAAUAAAAAUCUAAGUACUGUUUGACUUUGUUAUAGUUUAAAACUCGGAUUUAAUUUUGAUGUUUUACGUUCAGUAAAUCUACUUGUAUUAUUUUAGCCGCUGCUAGCAAGGCUGAGCUUUGCCUAGUAUUCAAUUUAGCAAACUCAUUUUAGAAAAAGUAGCUUUAUUUUACAUUAAUAUAAGUUUCCGUAUUGUACUGACUAAUGCAUCUAUGCACUUGAAAUACCUAUUUCAUUAAAACAACACAAAGCUAUUUGCAGAUGGCGCCACCAGUGCAUAAAUAAAGCCUCUUGGUAUUUAGCAUAUUCACUGAAAUCUUAUGUUUUAUAAAUUAGUUUCGCCGAAAUUAGUAUAAAAAUAUUAUUUACGAAAAAAUAUUUAGCUAUAUUUUGAUAACUAUUUAAAAUCAGUGGUCUUCAAUUUUGUUUGUUUAUUGUUUUUAGUUCAUAAUUGGACACUCAAAAUAUAAAAUCAGUUGAAGUAAAUAGGUUUGUCUAACCAUUUCUGAAUGAACUUUAAUGUUAUGUAGGUAUAAACAUUCCAUUGUAUUUCCGUAAGUAUUAUUUUUAUCAAUGUGAUUAGUUGUAUUUCAUAAACCUUAUUUAGUAAAUGAUUAUGAUUAUUAAGUAUCAUUAAGUAUUAUGAUUAUUUUAUUUUGGUUGCUUGCUCACUUAUGGGUUAGGAAGAUUCAUUUCAAUGUAUCUCGUUAAGAGCAUACCUACAUGAUCUGAAUCUACUAUUGUGCGUACUUAUAAAAUAAUAUUUAUUAGGUUUCUAAGAACAAUAUUUUUUAAAUAGGUUACUGAUUACCCGUUUUUUAGACGUCGAAUUUACUGUGUGCAGUCCAACUAGGCUAUUAUUAUUACCUUUAUGUUAAAUAUUAAAAGUUAUUAUUGCUUUAUUGAAAAUAUGUAAUAUUUGUUAAUUUAUAUAAUAUUAAUUUUGCGUUAAUUUGUCAUGCUCUUGUACAUAUUAUAUUACUAUGCUUUGCACAUUACAUUUUAAAUAUAUUUAUAAUAAUUUAUAAAUCAAAAGGUGUUUAUUUUAAAUUAUUGCGACUAUACAAAUCGAGUAGGUAUAUCCAAAAAAUGCUGAUAUUUUGUAAACAUAUGCAAAUACGUGCUUAUCUAUACCUUGUGCAUAAAAUGAUGUUCAUUAACUUCGUAUCAAUAAAAUAGGAAUAUGUAGGGUGUUUCAGGACAAAUGCCCUUUUUAAAUUUAAAAUAAAGUUAAUAAUUUGUUGUUUUACAGCAAUAUUUAUUUGUGUAUUUUAAAAUAAGAAUGUGCACUCGUACUGGGAUACCCUACAUCUAUUUGUAAAAAUAAAUACUUGAGUCAACCCGAUUGUAUAAGCCUUUCAACAUAACUACUGCUAUGGCAUAUUAAUUGGUACACAAAACUAAUUUUUACAUAAAUUAUACUUAUGUCAGCUCAUGGCCACACAUGUCGAGUCAGUUAUUGUUUUUAAAAUUGGUUCAUUCCUACAUGUAAUUUAACCUUGUACUUACCUACUAUUUAACUGAUAAUUACUAUUUUGAUAUUAAUAAUUAUUACUUAUACUUACAGAGUGAUAAAAUCAAUAAUCAUAUUUUCCUUUAAGAAACUAAAUUUUGUGCGAUGUAAAAGGUUAUAUUAGGUACGUUUAACACCCUAUACUUAUUUGUACGUAAUUUAUUAUGCAGGUAUUUUUAAAAUAAACAAAUCUAAUGAUUUAUA